AUGGAGAGAUUCAGAAGGGAAAGGAAUUUCCUCAAGGAGAAGAACCCAGAGAUUAAGGUGUAUGGGGUAGAACCGGUUGAAAGUGCAGUCUUGAAUGGAAAAUGGAAGACCUUGUCUCAAAAUGUUGAUCUAUAUGUAUCAAGUGAGGAAGCUAUUGAAACUGCCAAGCUGCUUUUCCUGAAAGAAGGUUUGCUGGUGGGGAUUUCAUCUGGUGCUGCAGCAGCUGCUGCAAUGAAGGUGGGAAAGAGGCCUGAAAAUGAUGGAAAACUCAUUGUUGUGAUUUUCCGCAGCUUUGGAGAGCGUUAUUUAUCUACUGCACUCUUUGAUUUCAUUAGGCGUGAUGCGGAAAACAUGACUUUUGAGUGA